CUCUCUCUCCAUAAAUAUGCUCGCUCUCCGAUUCUCGGCCGGUGCUCAUUUCCAAAGAAGUCGUUGCGUCAUUUAACAAAGCCUUCUUCUUCCCCGACCAAUUUCCCUCUUAAUUCUUCGUUUUCUUUGCUGUAUUAGCCGUUGAAAUUCGAGUUUUCUUGUGGCCGCCGUCUCUGUGUUUCUGGAUAUUUCGCUUCAAUCAAUGGCGAGCCAAUCCGAGAAUCCCCAAUCCGUCCAUGAGUUCACUGUCAAGGAUGCUAAAGGAAAUGAUGUGGAUCUUAGCACCUACAAAGGGAAGGUCCUGCUGAUUGUGAACGUUGCAUCACAGUGUGGUUUGACCAAUUCAAAUUACACAGAGUUGACCAAAUUGUAUGAGAAGUACAAAGAUCAAGGUCUGGAGAUUCUGGCAUUCCCUUGCAAUCAGUUUGGCAGCCAGGAGCCAGGAAGUAAUGAGCAGAUCAUGGAGUUUGCUUGUACUCGCUUCAAGGCUGAAUAUCCCAUAUUUGACAAGGUAAAUGUGAACGGUGAUGGUGCUGCUCCAUUAUACAAGUUCCUAAAGUCGAGCAAGAGUGGAUUUUUAGGUGACAGCAUCAAGUGGAACUUCUCCAAGUUCCUGGUGGACAAAGAUGGCAAAGUCGUUGAUCGUUAUGCUCCUACUACUGCACCGCUCAGCAUCGAGAAGGACAUAAAGAAACUAUUGGGAACUGCUUGAGUGCAGAACUCUACUUGCUUCGCAAAGAUGUAGCAAUAAUGUGUGCUUUCUAAGUUUACAAUAUGAAAACAUUCUUAAUCAUCUACUCUAGUAUUUAGCCUUAAUGAAUGUAAACCUUGGACCGAAGUAAUUAUGCGUUUUGCAAUAAGGGUCUUGGAGCUCGUAUUUGUAUGUUUUGGACCUACAGAAUAAUAGCGCCUAUAAAACACACACAAUGGUUAAAAGA